CUGUCUUUGAGAAGUGUAAUGAACUAAAGCAAAAUAGAGAAACAUCAUUUAUUGAUACAAACUCGAAUGGAUAAGAACAAAAAAUCGGCAGGCUCUGGCGAUGAAGGCGUACCAUCUAGCCACUCUGUUACGUACGAAUGCAUGAACCGUGAUAAUUCUACAGAAUCAGUCGGAACUGAGAUGAGUCUUCCUACAAAUAUCUCGUAUCAAUUGAACCGUCCCAUUCCACUUCCGCCUCCUCCAAUUGAAACUUUGCAUUUUGAUUCAAGAUAUAUCCAUUCAAUUACUUCGCAGACUGGUCUCAAUCCAUUUCCACGAACACCAUUCCCUAGUGAAGGAUUCCAAAGAUCGCCAGCAGCACCAUUCGGGCUAGCAAAUGGUGUCACGGGAAACGAUUCGUCACGUUCGAUUGCUCCUGUAGCUCUUCCCAAUGGUAUAAUUCAACUGUGUCUGCGCAAUGGUAUCAGGGUUGAUAUGACGUUGGACAAAGCAGUUCGUGUGACCAAUACGUUGAGUGACAUAGUAAUAUCUCUAUCUAGUGGAGGAGACUCUGCCGCCGUAAACCACCCGAAUGGAAAGGUUUAUCAACUAGGACCGUUCGUGGAAAUUACCGCGUUUGAUGGAAAAAUGAACAACAAUUAUGUUCGGUACGCAAAGCUGUGGCAGGAAGGAAUUACUUUUACCUGCACUGACUGCACGCACAUCUUUCUGGUUGAUCUCUACGGGACCCGAGCUACUUCUGACACAUUUACAAAUAUGUCACACGACUUCACGCUUCCAGUAUUCUUGAACAGCUCCAAACAUGGACCAAUUUUCGCCAAUGAAGCUCGGAAUGUUGUUCAACGGUCAUCGCAUUUUCACUCAAAUGAUGGAACGGACGAAUACUACAUUAACGACUUUCGAAUAUCUCAAAAACCGGAUGGUCUCGUCAAAGUCACUCGAUCCAAUAACCGUUGUCUCAUACGUACGAGCCCUGAACAUCAUUCAGCAACAUUAACAACAGCAAACAUUCAUUGUACUGCCUCGCUGAGUCAUACACCACAUCUGUUUGUUCGUCGUCAAGAGCAGAGUAUGCACUUCGAUGGAAGUAGUUUCGUUGUUCGAAAUAAUGGGCACUCCGCUGGAUUUGAUGAAAAUAACUAUCUUAGAGUGUAUUGAUAAAUCCGAAAUAAAUUUAGAUGCAAC